GAACAUUUCAUUUUGUUGAGGAUUGGAUGUCUCUUUUUCAUUGGAAAAGUUUUUCUAAGAAGCUUUGUCUUUAUUCAUGGAAAGAUUGGAGAAGAUUGUGUUCAAAAGUACCUCUUGAUAUCCACAAACGUUCUUCCUCAGUUGCUGACAAAACCUCUUCAAGCUUUCUUUCUGAUGUGGAUAAUGAUAAACCUGUGGAUAAAGAGUUCAUCCGCAAUUUCUCUAUUAUAGCUCACGUAGAUCAUGGCAAGUCUACUUUGGCAGACCGUUUGUUACAGUUUACUGGAACUAUUGCUCCUGAAAAAUUUCGCGACCAGUACUUGGAUAAUAUGGACAUUGAGCGUGAAAGAGGCAUUACCAUAAAAAUGAGAGCAGCUCGAUUAUGGUAUCGUUCCAAAGAUGGAAGUCGUUAUUUGCUCAACUUGAUAGAUACUCCUGGCCAUGUUGACUUUUCCUAUGAAGUGAGUAGGUCUUUAGCAGCAGUGGAAGGUUGUCUUCUUGUUGUAGACGCUAGCCAAGGUGUUCAAGCGCAGACAAUUGCCAAUGUAGAUCUUGCGUUGGAAAAUAAUUUAGAAAUCGUCCCAGUUUUGAACAAAGUUGAUCUUACCACUGCAGAGCCAGAUAAAGUAUGUCAAGAAAUAUCUCAGGUCAUAGGUAUUGAUGCCUCUAGAGCUGUAAGAGCUUCUGCGAAAUUUGGUAUUGGCGUAGAGGAAAUUUUGGAGGAAAUAGUUCACUUGAUACCUCCUCCAAAAGGGCAAGUGGAAGCAUCACUACAGGCACUUAUUUUCGAUAGCUAUUUUGAUCCAUAUCGCGGAGUUGUUGUAUUUGUUCGAGUGAAGAAUGGAGAGAUUCGCACUGGAAUGAAAAUCAGGUUUAUGGCUACAGGAGUUGAACAUAGUGUUGAACAAGUUGGCAUUCUAACUCCAGAUGAAGUUGUUCGAACAAGUGGAGUGCUUUCCUGUGGAGAAGUUGGCUUUAUCAAAGCUGGAAUCAAGUCUUUACAUGAUGCUCCAGUAGGGGACACAAUCACUGGUUGUGACAAUCCAACGCAAGAGCCUUUGCAAGGUUAUAAACCUGCAAAGUCUAUGGUAUUUUGUGGACUUUAUCCUGCCGAUUCAGCCACAUUAUUCGAAAAUUUAAGAGCAGCGUUGGAGAGAUUGUCCUUGAAUGAUUCUAGUAUUUCCUUUCAACCUGAGUCUUCUUCGGUCUUAGGAAAAGGUUUUCGUGUAGGAUUCCUAGGUAUGUUGCACAUGGAAGUUGUAAAGGAAAGAUUGAAGAGAGAAUACGAGUUGGAACUUUUAACUUCUGCUCCCAGUGUGGUAUACAAGUUUAGAAAUUUCAAAGGUGAAUACUUUAUGGAAAGUAAUCCUUCCAAGAUUCCAAAUGAUGCUAGACACUUUGAAGAACCGUUUGUCAAGUUGGAUAUUGUUUGUCCAGACCAAUUUAAUGGAACGAUAUUGGAGCUUUGUCAGAAUCAUCGAGCAAGUUUGGAAGAUAUGCGCUAUGUUUCUAAUGGACGAAUUCUUCUCAAGUUCCUCAUUCCUCUAGCAGAAGUUUUGACGAAUUUUUAUGACCACGUCAAGUCUCGAACAAGAGGUUUCGGGAGCAUGGAUUAUGAGUUUCAUAGCUAUAGACCUAGUGACCUCGUAAAGUUGGAUAUAGCUGUGGCAGGAGAUGUUGUAGAAGGCUUAUCUUGUGUCGUACAUCGCGACCAGGCUUACAUUAAAGGAAAGGAAAUCAUUGAAAAACUAAAGCAGUAUAUUCCGCGUCAUCAGUUUAAGGUUGUGUUGCAAGCUAUGAUUAGUACCAAAGUAAUUGCUUCCGACUUUAUUCAACCUUUGCGAAAGGAUGUUUUGGCAAAAUGUUAUGGUGGAGAUGUGUCAAGGAAGAAAAAGUUAUUGGAAAGACAGAAAGAAGGGAAAGAGAAAUUGCGACAGUUGGGGAAAGUUCGUUUAUCACCUGAAGCAUUUGCAGCAGUAAUAGCCCAAAAAUUUUGAAUUCGAAAACUUGUUUAUUCCUUGA